AUGAGGAGAGUCGUCAGAAGCGUGUCUAACGAUGACGACGACGAGUACAACGGUUCAGAUAUGCAAAUGUCGGAUUCGGGCUCUGACGCGGAAAUGGAGGUCGAUGAGGUGAAUCGGAAGCUCCAAGAAGAAAACGAUGACAAUGAAGGGGAAGAUGAGAAACUAGAGCCUGAGGACGAGGAUGAAGAACCUGAACCUGAACCAGAGGAUGCUCCAGAGUCUGAGGAGGCUUCUCCUCCUCCAUCUCCGCCCAAGCAGCCCCGUCUUAAGAUCAAACUCAAGCUACCGAGCGCGCCCAGCACUGAAGAUGCUGGAUCGCGUGGGCGUUCUGGUGAUAUCGACGUAGAGUCAGAAGAUGAAGAUGACGAAGGGGAGGCGGUGGGCUCUACGCGCCCGAUGACUUCCCGUCAGGCGGUUCUCGCGAGUGUUGUUGGUUCUUCGCAUGUAUCUCUAUCCACUGGCGAAUCCUCUCGAAAGAAGAAACAACUCACAGAGAGCGAGCUUGCACUUCGACGCGAAGAAACGGCACGAAAACGUCGUAAUCUCACUGAGAAAAAGCUCGAGGACGAGAAGGCAGAGACUAUCAACCGCCUCCUCAAAAAGCAGUCCAAGUCAAAGGCCAAGCGCAGCGCGCUCUCCACCGCAGAGGCCAGUGCAUCUGAAGGUGAGCGUGAGGUCGAGCAAGAGGAAAAGGAGGUCGUGCUACCGACCACUUGGCGGUGGGUGUCCAGCACACGACCUCUACCACGGGAGGAUAUUGCUCAGGGCAAGAUGCGCCUCACAUUAGGCGUGCCUAUCUCUGUUCUUUCCAGCACUUUGCUGGCACCACAGCCACCUCUACCAAAAGAGACGCCACAGUGUGACGUCCCUGGAUGCACUCAAACACGAAAAUACCGCCUAGUACGCGAUUGGGUCCGUGGGGCAUGUGGUCUCACGCAUCUCAAGGUUCUAGAGGUGGAGGCGAGUACGAAGAUGGAGAUUGCGUGAUCAGGAGUUUCACGGCACUUUAGGAAGUCCGUGCAUUUUGUCUUGUGACAUGUCGUUUCGGGACUCAUGAUUUUCAAGGUGUAGAUCGUCGUCAUUUGCAACUUGUUCUCGCAGUUACUUGUUAAGCUUAUUCACUGUACUAUGAAUUCAUGGCGCUUUCACUUGGUUUACAUAACCUUUUAGGCGUUGACAUUUCACAACGGUAGUUGUGUCCUAAUGGAGAUCAUCCCCAUGGUCUGGAAGUCUUCA